AUGGCUCCCUUGAUCGCGAUCAUCGGCGGUGGACCGAGUGGCCUUACCCUAGCUCGUCUUCUCGAAUGCAAUGGUAUCGACUACAUCGUCUACGAACGCAAUGGCUCCUCGGACUCUCAUAACCACCAAGGGGGUACUCUAGAUAUCCAUGGAGCUACAGGUCAGGAAGCCUUACAACGCGGAGGUCUGUCUGAAGAGUUUGAGAAUAUGGCUCGUCGUGACGCAACCACUGCGCAGAUUUUUGACAUGACUGGCAAGCAUCUUCUUACCUUCGGCGAGGGGCGAGAUGCCCCUGAGAUCGACCGUGUGCAACUUCGCGCAAUUUUGCUCAAGUCCAUCCCUGCCGACAAGAUCCAGUGGAACAAAACCGUUCACAAGGUAGAAAGGGAUGCUCAAAAGGAUGUUGUCAUUUCUUUCUCGGACGGAAGUAGCGCGGGCGGGUUCCGACUCGUGGUAGGGGCGGACGGAGCUUGGAGCAAGGUCCGACACUUGCUUACAUCCGCAAAACCCAAAUACUCUGGCAAGAGCUAUAUCGAGGGCAAGAUUUCUCCCAACAACCCCAUAUAUCCCAAGCUCGAGACAAAAGUUGGUCCCGGCAGUCUCAUCGCUUUUGGGCCAAACAAGAAUCUUGCCGCUCAACAGAUGAGCGAUGGCUCGUAUAGGAUUUACCUCGGUGUCACUGUCGCCGAGGACUUUUUCAUUGACGAUAACGCAAACGUCGACUUGUCAGUUGAUGACGGAGCUCAAGCCCGCCAAUUCUUUCUCUCCAGCAAUGACUACUUUGCCGAGUGGGCUACGGAGUUUCAUGAGACUAUCGCCAACUGCGAGCAUGGCUUUCGCAAAUGGCCGCUCUUUUAUCUGCCUCCUGAAUCACUUGUCUGGGAGCAUGACUCCCAAGUCACUUUGAUCGGUGAUGCUGCGCACUUAUCGACGCCAUUUGUUGGGGAAGGCGUCAACUGUUCCAUGUAUGAUGCCCUAGUACUGGCGGAGAAACUGAAAGAGCAUGGUACAGGCCCAGGUUUAGGCCGUGCCGUUGAGGAGUAUGAGAAGGAUAUGUUCAGACGCGGGCGAGACUUGAUUGAACGUAGCAUGGGGUCCGGCGAGCUCUUGUUUGCCAAUGAUGCGCCAAAGACUCUUGUCCAGGUCAUUAAAGGCAACGCAUCGCCAUAG